AUGAAUUUCCCGAAAUGCACUUUUACAUUUCCUCAUUCUCUUCAACUCGUCGAUAGGUGGCGUGUAAAGGGACGUAAUUCUAAAUCAAAGAUGGCUGACAUUCCGACCGAUGCCCCAGAACACUGUCCAGGGACAGCUAGUGACGAUGCAGGAAAGGCAGCAGCCUGUCAAGGAUGUCCUAAUCAGAAUGUCUGUACUGUCUUACCCAAAGGACCAGAUCCAGCGGUUGCAGAAAUAAAAGAAAGAUUAUCCUGCGUGAAGCACAAGAUUGUUGUUUUAUCUGGAAAAGGUGGAGUUGGUAAAAGUACAUUUACCGCUCACUUAGCCCAUGGGUUAGCUACAGAUCAUACAAAACAGGUUGGGGUAUUAGAUGUGGAUAUCUGUGGACCAUCCAUUCCAAGGAUCCUCGGUGUGGAGGGGGAACAGGUCCAUCAGAGUGGAUCUGGCUGGUCCCCAGUGUAUGUGGACGACAAUCUGUCUGUUAUGUCUAUAGGGUUCCUGCUGGGCGGCCCUGACGAUGCAGUAAUAUGGCGAGGACCAAAGAAAAAUGGUCUGAUCAAGCAGUUCCUGAGGGAUGUGGACUGGGGGGAGAUGGACUUCCUCGUCAUUGACACUCCUCCUGGUACAUCUGAUGAACAUCUGUCUGUUGCUCAGUACCUGAAGGAAUCACAAAUUGAUGGUGCUGUCAUCAUCACCACCCCUCAGGAAUUGGCCUUACUUGAUGUACGGAAGGAGGUGAACUUCUGCCGGAAGGUUGAGAUGCCUAUCAUUGGUGUGGUGGAGAACAUGAGUGGGUUUGUUUGCCCAAAGUGUAAGAAUGAAUCUCAGAUAUUCCCACCGACUACUGGAGGAGGAGAAAAGAUGGCUGCAGACAUGGAUGUUAAAUUUCUGGGCAAGCUACCCCUGGAUCCAAGGAUAGGUAAAUGCUGUGAUGAGGGGAAAUCCUUCCUUACAGAAGUACCAGAUUCUCCAGCCACUCAGGCCUACACCCAGAUAAUGAACAGUGAGUAUUAUACAAAUAUAGAGAUACACAUACACAUCGCUCUCUGAUACACACUAUACAAUCACCCGCCUUCUCUCACAACACCUUACAGAAGUACCAGAUUCUCCAGCCACUCAGGCCUACACCCAGAUCAUAAACAAAAUUGUUGACCACUGUAACAAGUUUGUGGCUAGUAAGGAGACAGAGACUGGAGAAAAGAUGGAAGUCGGCAGCAGCAGCUAACUCUAGGACGGUUAUAGUAUUAGAUAUAAAUUGGACACCACCUCAAGUCUAAAACCACCUUGAAUUACAUCAUUGAAGAUAUUGAAAGAUAUCAUGAUAUCCAGAGAUUGUAUGAUGUAAGUGUUGAUCACCUCAAAUGUAUAUAACUAACUAAAAAUGGGGUACUCGUGGUUUUAGAGGAAAUAUCUACAAAAGAAGAAGUGAGAUUUUUUUAUAAAUGUUAAAAACUUUCAAAUGUUGUCCAUGUAAAUCUGGUGUUACAGUUAGAGUUAAUGCCCUGUAAACACACGUUUAAUUACAGUAGUGCUUUUUGUGUCAAACAAGUGCCAAAGUGACCUCCACAAUCACAGAUGCAAAUGUGAGAUGUAUGGAGAAACUUUUAUUUUGAUAUUUUAUACACAAUGAUAAAAACCUUUUCUACAGUAAAAUUUUGUUAUACAAACUUUUUUGUAUGUAAGGAGUGAGAAGUUCUGUCUGGUUCUGCUACUAUGUUGUAUUGUACUCUGCCUGGUAGAAUGUAUACCUACCAAGUGUUUAGAAAUGUUUGAUGCAAAAAGGUUUUUGUCUUAACUGAAAGUUCUAUUUAAUCUGGUGUCCUUUUACCUGACUUUCAAAGAAGGCUUAUAAAUGGUCCCAGAUGUACAUUUCAAUUGACAUUUCUAAAUUCCAUGUGAAUAAACAGUCUGUGAGUUUAUGUGUUUGGUGUAGUUUAACUUUUUUCAGUGCCAUAAGCUUCACUUUUGAAUCAAAUACAUUGUUUACAGCUGUAAUCAAACUUUUUCCAAACUGUAAUAAUGGCUAUUGUAUAAAUAUUGUGCUUGGACUUCUGAAAUUAUAGACAGAUAAGGUUAAAAAGGAGACUUACAUGUCAUAUAACUAUUUUCUACAGUAAAAAACUAUUUUGUUGAAAACUUUUGUGAUGAACGAGUAUAUUAUCAUUCACUUGUUGUAAAAAUAGGUUUCUGUAAAACGCUAUAAAGGACAGAUUGUGGAAGGGAGAUAACCCAUGUUUAGUGGUUUGUUUAUUGAUAUGCUAGUCAUUUGCUAGAUUUAAAAAUAUUUCAGGCUUGUUGUUUUUCUCUAGUCUUGUUUAAGAUAUCAGGACAAGUUUUUGAGCAUUAUCAGAAUAUACACUUUAUAUUCCUAAAAAUAACUAAAUCAACAUAUCAGCAUAAAGCGUUUUACUGUACAGUUUUUACCAUGAAAUUUGUAUUUGUGUGAAGAUCAAUGUGAAGCGUAGCUUCCACACAUUCUACACUGGGACAGGGAUCUUUGAUUUUGACUGAAAAACAAGAAUUGCUUCUAACCGAACAUUAUUAGCUCACCGGGUCCAAAGGACCAAGGUGAGCUUAUGCCAUACCGUGGCGUCCGGCGUCCGGCGUCCAU